AUGGCUACUGAAGCAGUGAACCAGCCUGCCCAGAUGGGUACCGACCCCAGCGUUGCCAAUGGCACUGGUAUGGAUGCCCUGAUGGAGGAUGCGAAGAAGCGUGGCUUGCAGGAAGAGAUUUCGCGUCUGACUGAUAACCAUUUGGUCUACACUGAUGCUGCUGGCGGCAAACUCUCGUAUGCACCAGUUGAUUGGAAGAAGCCGGGUCUGAGAAUUCUCGAUUCUGCUACCGCAGACGGUAUCUGGCUGCAGGAUCUUCGCAAGCAAGCUGGUCCUGUUGCUGAUGAGCAAACCUACAUUGGCACUGAUCUAGUCGAGGACUUGUUCCCCAAGCCUCGACCCCACGGAAUUGAGUUCACGAAACAGUCCAUCACAGAGCCAUGGCCCGCUGAGUGGAAAGAGUCCUUCGACCUCGUCCACCAGCGCCAAGUCCUCGGCUUCUGCGGCAACUUCUCCCUCGAGCAAGCCGUCGCCAAUCUCUGCGCCCUCGCCAAACCCGGCGGCUGGGUCGAGCUCGUAGAACUUGACUGCGACCAGAGCCUCCUGGAGGAAGGCACCGCAGCGCACGAGUUCUUCCGUCUUCUUGAGCAGAUCUGGAAGAUCAAGAAGAUGGGCGGCAACUUUGGCCCCAAUCUCAAAGAGUGGAUGGAGAAUGCGGGGCUGGAAGAUGUCCAAGUCGAUGUCUUGCAGUGCAAGGUUGGCGCAAAGGCUAAACCUGAGCUGAAGCAGGCUAGUAUCAACGGCGCAGCGGGUGCGGGGCCGAUGAUUGUGGCUAUGGCACGCACUCUUCCCGAGUUGGAGGGGUUUACUACUGAGCAGCUUGAUACUCUUGAUACUAGAGUUCGCAAGGAGCUUGCUGAGAAGGGGGCUGAGUUUCAGAGCUUUGCUGUCAGGGGUCGUGUUCCUGCCGGAGGAUUGAAGCCUAAGAAGUAG